AAGCCAACGAAAGAUGGGAAAUGGAAGCCAAUGUUCUUGAUACAAUCGCUACUAUCGCCCAUCCUCACCUGGUCCAGCCUAUCGCCAGUAUAACGUGUGGUCGAAAGAGCUACUUUAUCUUUGAGUGGGAAGAUGGCGGAAAUUUGCAAGAUUUCUGGUAUCGCUAUACCCGUUCUCCUUGGCUUUGUUCGAGACGUCAUUGUUGUGAUUCGCGGGAUAGUCGACGAGCUCGACAAGUUACAUAGCCACGACGAUGGUGCAUUACAUCAUGGGAUUAUCAAGCCUCAAAACAUCCUGCUUUUCUCACCAAAGUACGAUGAGUUCGGCACUCUCAAACUCGCUGGUAUGGGGUCAGCGCAGCAACACGAGAUCACAACCAGAGUAUGAGCCUCGCAUACUGCAACAGCUUUCGGAACAAUACGUUACGGGCCCCGUGAAGCGAUGACAG